CAAAUCGAUUAAGUCCCUUUCCUGACGUCACUAGUCGGUCACGUGUUGAUCCGCACUGUGGCUGGCAGAUGGGGUCUGUGGUCUAAGGACGAGUCUCGGAUUGUGGAUUUUAAUCAACACUGGUUAAAUCGUGAUACACUGUUAUUAGGCUCAGGCAAUCCAGAGAGGAUCUAAAAAUGCUGGUAUGAAUGCAGUUUUAUGAGUGAUUAGUCGGAUUACUUAAAAAAGGGUCUCGAAUGCUUGAUUUUCUUGGAAGUGGAUUCUGGGUGCAUCUAGGAUCUUGUGGUCCUUUGCUGUGGAGAAUUAAACCCCAGCAUCCCCAUUCCCUCCUAGUGCAGUGCAACCCUGUGUAACCAUGGCAACUGCAGCAUCCUGUGAAUUGAUCCAUUCAAAUCAAGCUAGGGAGGAGUGACGGACAAACAGAGUCUUGCAAACACACACACACACACACACGCACACAAUAAAGGAUGCAGCAUGCAUCUUUGACCCUGGAUUGACGUAUCCUGGUAACAGUUGCCAUGUCGGGGUGCAACAUGAGCUCAUUGGAGGGCUGUGCCCUGCUGGAGCCCCUGGAGAUGGAGCUGCCCGAGGCGGAGGAGGAUGAGGGGGACACCAGCCUGAUGCCCGUGUCUCUGCGGGUCACGUUGGCGGCCAUCAUGAUCUUCAUGAUCACCAUCGGCUUCCUGGGCAACUCCAUCGUCUGCCUGAUCGUCUACCAGAAACCCGCCAUGCGCUCGGCCAUCAACCUGUUGCUGGCCACGCUGGCCUUCUCUGACAUUAUGCUCUCGCUGCUUUGCAUGCCUUUCACUGCCGUCACCGUGGCCACCACCGACUGGCACUUCGGCGUUGGCUUCUGCCGCACCUCUGUCAUGCUCUACUGGCUGUUCGUGCUCGAGGGCGUGUCCAUCCUGCUGAUCAUCAGCGUAGACCGCUUCCUGAUCAUCGUGCAGCGGCAGGACAAGCUGACCCCACACCGGGCCAAGGUGCUCAUCGCCGCCUCCUGGGUGCUGUCGCUCUGUGUCUCGCUGCCCUCGGUAAUGGGCUGGCGUGCCGGCAAAGCGGAGGCGCCGCGCGCGCCCCAGUGCAUCCUCGGCUACAGCGAGUCGCUGGCUGACCGCGGCUACACGGUGCUGCUGGCGGUAGCCGUGUUCUUCGUGCCGUUCAGCGUCAUGCUUUACUCGUACCUGUGCAUCCUCAACACGGUGCGCCGCAACGCCACGCGCAUCCACAACCACGCCAGCGAGGGAAGCUUGGGCAUCAGCCACUCCAGCAAGCUGGGCCUGAUGGGCCUGCAGCGCCCGCCGCCGCUCAGCGUCGACAUGAGCUUCAAGACGCGGGCCUUCACCACCAUCCUCAUCCUCUUCAUCGGCUUCUCCGUGUGCUGGCUGCCGCACACGGUGGUGAGCCUGCUGGCCGUGUUCAGCCGCCGGUUCUACUUCAGCGCCGCCUUCUACCCGGUGAGCGUGGGCGCGCUGUGGCUCAGCUACCUGAAGGCCGUCUUCAACCCCGUCAUCUACUGCUGGAGGAUCCGCAAGUUCCGGGAGGCGUGCCUGGAGUUCAUGCCCAAGACCUGUCGCUUCUGCCCCAAGGUGCCCGGGCGGAGCCGGCGGAGAAUACGGCCCAGUAACAUCUACAUCUGCAGCAGCGAGAGCCAGUCGGCAGUAUGAGGCACAACACACAUUUCCUAUUCCUAAAAGAAAAAAUGGAAGGGCUACACUCUCUGAAUAUUUACUGUGGUUGUUUCUAUGGUUGUACGUUUUAAGUCACUUGAUGUCAAAGUGAGGACAGUGUUACUGUGUGAUGAUAUGAUGUCACGUUUUUACAAUAUAAUUCAUCUGUAACGGUUCCCUUAAUCAUGAUCAUUGAUCAUGAGGGUCAUGUUUGUUGGGGAGACAUUCUCUGUUCCGUUCUCACGCCAUACUGUUAUGCUGUACUUUUUAUGCAAUGUGUUUUGGUUAACGGGUGGUCCGACCGUGAGGGACAGGUGUGUUCUCUUCUGUGUAAUAUCUCUGAAAGUGCAGUUUUGCCCCUGGCUAUAAACAUCCAGCCAGUGGUGUUUGUAAAUGGACUACAUUCAAACUGAUAUUUGCUUUACUUAAAGUAAAAUAAAAACAAACAACAGAGAGGAUUUUGAAAAGAAGAAAAAAAAAACAUUUCUCUCACCCACUCCUUCAUUUCAGACCAGUCGAAAUGUCAAAGUAAAGUCUGGAUGGAGGUGGAGGCGUCUCCCUCUCUCUCAAGUUCCUUGUCAUUAGAUUUAAUUGUAAGGUCUUAUUUCAACACAAAGAUGGAGUUAGAGUGUUACUUCUUUGCUUUAUUAAAGCAUUGAUACAAGAAUGUCGUAUGUGUAUCCAUCAUGUUUUUGACAACCAAGGAAAACUCGAGCAAGGUUUAUAAUGGAGAAUGUUAAUACCACAAUGAACUGUAUAUGAAUAUAAGCAAUAUAACCAUGAUUUACACAGAUGUAUCUUGUAUCUUGUUUCUUAAAGAAAUGUUUUUGUCCUGAAUUGUGAGGAAAGAAUGUAAUAAAAUCGUUUGUGUUAUAA